AUGCUUUCGGUUGUUCGAGGGGCCGGUCGAGGGUGUUUGAUAUCUUAUCGAUACGCCGGAACCAAAUAUACAUCCUCUGCCGAUGUGGUAGUUUGUGGAGGUGGUAUUGCGGGUACUUCAGUUGCCUAUCAUCUUGCUAAACGAGGAAAACGUGUUUGCCUUUUCGAGAAAGAUGCAGUUGGUUGCGGAGGUGCCACCGGUAUUAGUGCCGGUUUGGUUACAGCACCAGUUUUCUUUCAACAUGCUACUACCCGACAUCUUGCUCGGAAAUCUUUGGAUUUAUAUACAGAACUUGCUCAAGUAGGACGUUUU